CAGGUUGCCAAAUGAACAAAACGUUGUCCUUUUAUGGAAUUCAAUCCACCGACGAUCAGAAACGCAUUUAAAGAUGCAUCCAUCUCCUGAACGUUCACAAGAUUCUGAGCUCACACGGUGGAUCUGAUCUGAGCUGAACGUCUGAAGAUGAUUGUGUUGCUGUGUUUGUCUGCUCUGUUUCCCGUCUCGAUGGGCACCAGUGACGUCAAAUCAGAGUGUUUUCUCGCCAAAGACUGCUCUGAUAUUUAUGCGAGUGGAUAUAGUACCAGCGGUGUGUACACCAUCAACACAAUAGACGGACCGGUGCAGGCUUACUGCGAUAUGCAGUCGGGCGAACAGAAUGACCAAGGACACUGGACGGUGCUUCUCAGGCGACUGGACGGCGAGGUGAAUUUCUUUAGAGCGUGGGACAGUUAUAAAUGGGGUUUUGGCAAUUACGAAGGAGAAUACUGGCUGGGUUUAGAGUUUCUUCACCAGCUGACACGCAGAUACAGAUAUAACCUCAGAGUAGAUGUGGAGGACUUUGAAGGGAAGAAGGCUUACGCUCUGUACCAGUCGUUCUCGGUGGACUCUGAGGCUGAUGGGUACAAACUACACGUGAGCGGCUUUGUAAACGGAGGAGCAGGUGACUCUUUGAGUUAUCACAACGGAAUGAAGUUCUCCACCUUCGAUAAAGACCAAGACCUUACAGGAGAUAACUGUGUCAUGAAUUACUAUCAAGGAGGGUUUUGGUACAACGCUUGCUAUCACACAAACCCAACUGGUCAUUAUUUUUCGGAGGAAAUGAGUAAAAAAAAGGAUUUUGGAGUCACCUGGAAGACCUGGAAAAACAACUGGAACUCUCUGAAGUCCAUCACCAUGAAGAUCAGACGUGCGAAGUAGAGUUCAGCUUUGAGUAUCACGUGCUUUGACCUUUUAUGACGGAAACACAUGUUUAAAAUGCCAAAAAAAGCAAAUAUGAUAUUGUCUUGUUUGAAAAUAAUAAAAUCAACACGUUCCUUAAAAAAAA